UAAAUUUUAUAUAAAAAUACAACAACGUUUUAAGUGAUAAAAUUUGAGAUGUUCGUUUUCAUAUAAUUUGUCAAUAACAAUGACGAGAAUUAUUUUAUCGAUCAUUUUAUUUUCCCUUUGUUCUAUCGAAAUCCAAAGCAAAUAUGUCGAGGGACUCAAUGUCGAUUUGGGCGAAGCUUUACAAUUUUUACGUGAAUACGAACGAGAAGCUUCAUCUAUGUGUACCAGAGUAAUGACAGCUCAAUGGAAUUUUGGUACUAAUGUCACCGAAUCGACCAAAAGAAAAAUGUUAGACGAGCAGACAUUGAAAUUAAAAUUCGAAAGAGCAUCAUGGCGAAAAGCAGUGAGUUUUGCUUGGAGUCGUAUACCAGAUCCUUUAGCAAGGAGAGAAUUAAAAAUGAUCAUUAUAAGAGGACGAAAUGCUUUAACAGAUGACAAAUUUAACGAAAUACAUAAGCUGAUCAUUGAGAUGAAAGAUAUUUACAGUAGAACAAGAUUGUGUCCUUAUAGAAACAUGGGAUCAAAUUGUAAUUUAAGUAUAGAUCAUGAUAUUAGCAAGAUUAUGGCACAAUCUAAGGAUUAUGAUGAAUUACUCUAUUAUUGGCAUGCCUGGCACGAAGCCAUAGGGCCACCACUUAAAAAUAAUUUCAUGAGAUAUGUGCAAUUAAGUAAUCAAGCAUCCAGGCUCAAUGGAUUCGCCGAUACCGGAGAUCAAAUGAAAGAAUUUUUCGAAGACGAACACUUAGAACAAAACAUGGCUGAAGUGAUAUAUGCAAUAAUGCCAUUAUAUAAAAAUCUUUUUACGUAUGUGAGAAGAAAAUUAUAUGAAAGAUACGGCGAUAGAAUUAGAAAGGAUGGGCCAUUACCAGCACAUAUUUUGGGUAACAUGUGGUCACAAAAUUGGGAAGGGAUUUAUGAUUUAGUUCAACCCUUUCCAGCGACUACCAAACUCGAUGUUACAUUGGAUAUGAUGAUACAGGGUUAUACACCCUUGAGAAUGUUUCAAAUUGCCGAAGAAUUUUUUACAUCACUUGGAAUGAAACCAAUGCCACCAGAAUUUUGGAGAUUUUCAAUGUUCGAGAAACCGAUCGAUCGUGAAGUUAUGUGUACGGCCGGUGCAUGGGAUUUUUGCAAUACCAUCGAUUACAGAAUAAAACAAUGUACCAAAGUAACGAUGGACGAUUUAUUAUCGACUCACCAUGAAAUGGCACACCUGCAAUAUUACUUGCAAUACAAAGAUCAACCAAUAAUAUUUCGAAAAGAAGCUAUUCCUGGUUUUCACGAAGCAGUGAGCGAUGCAAUAGUACUAUCGGUAAUGACACCUCAACAUUUACAUAAAAUUAGUUUACACAACAAUUCGACGGAUGGUUACGAGAGUAAUAUCAAUUUUCUAAUGCUUAUGGCACUUCGCAAAUUGGCUUAUAUUCCAUUCGCUUAUACAAUCGAUCAGUGGAGAUGGCGUAUAUUUAACGAAGGAAUCGAAGAUAUGACUACAAAAUGGUGGGAAUUGAGAUUGCAAUACCAAGGCAUAGUUCCACCAGUUGCAAGAACCGAAAGAGAUUUUGAUCCAGCAGCAAAAUAUCAUAUCUUGGCUGACAUACCUUACGCACAAUAUUUCGUGGGUACGAUUCUACAAUUUCAAUUGUUCCAAUCGCUAUGCGAAAUUUCUGGACACACGUCUGAACUACAUACUUGUGAUCUAUAUAGAUCACGUGAUGCUGGAAGAUUAUUAUCGGAUGUGUUAUCAAUCGGUGCUUCGAGACAUUGGCAUGAUGUUGUGAGACAAAUGACCAGAGGCAAAUCCAACAGAUUAGAUGCCGAUGCGAUAAUCAAAUAUUUUCAACCAUUGUAUGAAUGGCUCAAACGACAAAACGAAAUGGAACCUGUAAUAGGUUGGAUAACAAUUCAAGAAGAUACAGAAAACAAUGCUCGUUACAGGACUGCCUUACGUAAUUACUUUUUAUUUUCACAUAAUAACUUUGUAUGCCAGAGAACGUUUAAAGUUAACAAACAUGACAUUAUGCUGGCAUAUUCAAAUAAUCCUCAAAAUCAGCCUAAAGAAGAUAAUAUACCAUUACCCGAUAAAAAAUUAUCUAUAUUUCAAAGAAUGAAACAAUUAACCAAGGACUAUUGGUAUAUAUUAGUGCCUGUACACAUAGCGACUUCCAUGGGCUGGGUGGCAAUAUUUUAUAUGGCAGUUAAAAAUGGCGUAGAUAUAGUGACUAUGAUGGAACAUUUAAAUUUAAGUGAAAAAUAUUUAACCAUGUUACGCAGCUCUGGCGCUGGCAAUUGGGCUAUAGUAUAUGCUCUUUAUAAAAUAUUUACUCCUGCUAGAUAUGCAGUGACCAUAGGAGGAACAACUAUGUCUAUUAGAUAUCUUAAUAGAUUAGGAUAUCUUAAAGUAUCAUCUUUCAAAAAAGCAGCUACAAAUGUAGAACAGUCGGGAAAAUGUACGGCAAAGCACAAACCCGAAUUUAAAACUGAAAGACAAACAGAACCACCAAAAACAUAAUGUUAUUUAUUAUAAACGUGUACUUCGAUACACAUAUUAGAAAUUUUUUAUGUUUUGAAAUCUCUAUACGUGAAAUAUUAUUAAUGUAUAUUAUUUCUUGUAGAUGUGUAUCAUUAAUAAUGUUAUAAUAAAAUCUCGGAUAAAGACAUGUCGGGCACGUAUCUAUUAUUUCUGUCAGGUUCGCCUUUAUUGAACACGGUCGUCACAACAUACACACCAUCUCGUACAUAUGUAUAUUUAAAUAAGAGAGAUUGUACUUUUAUCUACAGUACUCAUUACUUAAUUAAACUAUUGUAAAUAUGUAAACUGAUAAUAUUAGCAAAUCUUGACAAAGA